AAACCAAUUUAGUUAUCGAGAGCCGCUGUGCGGACUGCGGACUUGUCGACUAUGCGUAUUAUAUUAAAUUAAGCUGUUAUUGUUGGCAUACGUUACUAUAUAUUUAACUACUACUUCAGAAAAAUAUCUGUUUUAAAAAUGGAAAUCUCAUUUAAAGGGAAGAGAAUACUCGUUACCGGUGCUGGCCAAGGUAUUGGCCGGGGUAUCGCCGUGGAGCUAUGGCGUGCUGGAGCAAAUAUAGUCGCAUUAUCUCGAACAAGAUCUCAUUUGGAAUCGCUUCAGAUUGAAUAUCCCUCAAUAGAUAUAGUGGACGUCGAUAUUGAGGACUGGGAUAAAACGCGUGAAGUGGUUGAGUCUCUUGGUCACUUUGAUGCAUUAGUGAACAACGCCGCGGUAGCUGUUUGCGAGCCAUUUCUCGAUUGUUCACCUUCAGACUUUGAUAAAAUGUUUAAUGUUAAUGUAAAAGCAGUUCUUAAUAUUAGUCAAGUGGUAGCAAGGAAGAUGGUAGAAAACAAAACUCAUGGUGCCAUUGUCAACAUAUCAUCACAGGCUUCUAAGGCUGCGUUGAAAGACCAUGCUAUUUACUGUGCAUCGAAAGCAGCUUUGGAUGCUCUUACUCGUUCCAUGGCUCUUGAGCUGGGACCUUACGGCAUUAGAGUGAAUACUGUUAACCCUACUGUCAUAAUGACAGAAAUGGCCAAAGUGGGAUGGUCAGAUCCAGACAAAGCUAAAGAAAUGCUUUCUAAAAUUCCUUUGGGAAGGUUUGGUGAAGUUUCUGAAGUGGUAAAUGCUGUAGUUUUUCUCUUGAGUGAAAGAUCUAGUAUGAUCAACGGAGUCCAGCUGCCUAUUGAUGGGGGUUUCCUUGCCACAUAAAGUUACAAAUUGCUAAACAUAAAUUCUACCAAAUAGCAAGAGUGAAUAUAUUUGUGGCUUUCAAUAUGAACAUAUUUUUAACAAUUGCAUAUUUUAGUCUUAAGUGUAUUAAAUUUUGAUUUAUGUUUAUUAGCAAAUCAACCAAAGAUGGUACUUUAAAUACAAAUGGCCAUGAUUAUAGUUAUCAUGUUUGUUUUAUGUUGUGAUAAUAUUAUUUAUUAUCAAUUUUGAAUUAUUGACUUUUCUGACAUCUAUUUAAUGUAAUAACCAAUUAACUGUAGAUCUUAUAAAUAUGUUGCAUAUGGGAAAUAUUAUCUACUUUUUAAUUGUAUCAUAGGAUCUGUUUGAUAAUACUUUGUUAUCAUUGUGAUUAUUAUAUUUUGUCAGUGUCUAAACUUAGACUAACAUUAUUGAUGAAUAAUAAAAUUAAUAUUACACAAACCUAAUCAUUUGAGACUAUUAUUAUGCAAUAAUAGAAUAUACAAAGAGUAUAUAAACAUGAGUUAUUACUUAGCAAUUAUUAAAAUCUGAUGACUUGAAAAUAGCUAGGUAUUAUUUUUUUAGUAGGUACCAGCAAAAACUUGUAAAUAUGAAUUAAUAUUGGACAAGACACUAAACCUCCUUAUGAUUUAACGCUUGCAUAAUGCAUUUAUAUACCUGAUUCAUAAAUACUAAUUACUAAUGUAAAAGUUAUAAUGUUGAAUAAAUGCAAUUUGUUAAAAAUUUA